AUGGUUGCCUUUACAAUUGACCAAAUGCGUGGUCUUAUGGACAAAGUGACCAAUGUCCGUAACAUGUCUGUUAUUGCCCAUGUCGAUCACGGUAAAUCUACUUUGACCGAUUCUUUAGUUCAAAGAGCCGGUAUUAUUUCAGCUGCUAAAGCAGGUGAAGCUCGUUUCAUGGAUACCAGAAAGGAUGAACAAGAAAGAGGUAUUACUAUCAAGUCCACUGCUAUUUCAUUGUAUGCUGAAUUGUCCGAUGAAGAUGUCAAGGAUAUCAAGCAAAAGACUGAAGGUAACGCUUUCUUAAUCAACUUGAUUGAUUCCCCAGGUCACGUUGAUUUCUCCUCUGAAGUUACUGCUGCUUUACGUGUUACCGAUGGUGCUUUAGUCGUCGUCGAUACCAUUGAAGGUGUUUGUGUCCAAACUGAAACUGUCUUGAGACAAGCUUUGGGUGAAAGAAUUAAGCCAGUUGUUUGUAUUAACAAGGUUGACAGAGCUUUAUUGGAAUUGCAAGUCACCAAGGAAGAUUUAUAUCAAACUUUUGCAAGAGUUGUUGAAUCUUGUAAUGUUAUUAUUUCUACUUACUCUGACGAAGUCUUGGGUGAUGUUCAAGUCGACCCUUCAAAGGGUACCGUUGCCUUUGGUUCUGGUUUACAAGGUUGGGCUUUCACUAUUCGUCAAUUCGCCAACAGAUACCACAAAAAGUUCGGUGUUGAUAAACUUAAGAUGAUGGAAAGAUUAUGGGGUGAUUCUUUCUUCAACCCAAAGACUAAGAAGUGGACUAACAAGGAAACUGAUGCUGAUGGUAAGCCAUUAGAAAGAGCUUUCAACAUGUUCGUUUUGGACCCAAUCUUCAGAUUGACCAAUGCUAUUAUGAACUUCAAGAAGGAAGAAAUCCCAGUUUUGUGUGAAAAAUUAGAAAUCACUUUGAAGGCUGAAGAAAGAGAAUUAGAAGGUAAAGCUUUAUUGAAGGUUGUUAUGAGAAAAUUCAUUCCAGCUGCAGAUGCCAUGUUGGAAAUGAUUGUCAUGCAUUUGCCAUCUCCAGUUACUGCUCAAGCUUACAGAGCUGAACAAUUAUACGAAGGUCCAUCCGAUGAUGAACAUUGUCAAGCUAUUAGGCACUGUGACCCAACUGCUGACUUGAUGUUGUAUGUCUCCAAGAUGGUUCCAACCUCUGAUAAAGGUAGAUUCUAUGCCUUUGGUAGAGUCUUUGCUGGUACUGUCAAGUCUGGCCAAAAAGUUAGAAUCCAAGGUCCAAACUUUGUUCCAGGUAAGAAGGAAGAUCUAUUCAUUAAGGCUAUUCAAAGAAUUGUCUUGAUGAUGGGUUCAAGAGUCGAACCAAUUGACGAUUGUCCAGCUGGUAAUAUUGUUGGUUUAGUUGGUAUCGAUCAAUUCUUAUUGAAGACUGGUACUUUAACCACUUCUGAAACUUCUCACAACAUGAAGGUCAUGAAAUUCUCUGUCUCUCCAGUUGUCCAAGUCGCCGUUGAAGUUAAAAACGCCAACGAUUUACCAAAAUUGGUCGAAGGUUUAAAGAGAUUAUCUAAAUCCGAUCCAUGUGUCUUGUGUUACAUGUCUGAAUCUGGUGAACAUAUCGUUGCUGGUACUGGUGAAUUACAUUUGGAAAUUUGUUUGCAAGAUUUAGAAAACGACCAUGCUGGUGUUCCAUUGAGAAUCUCCCCACCAGUCGUCGCUUACAGAGAAACUGUUGAAUCUGAAUCUUCUCAAACUGCUUUAUCUAAAUCUCCAAACAAGCAUAACAGAAUCUAUUUGAAAGCUGAACCAAUGUCUGAAGAAUGUUCUUUGGCUAUUGAAGAAGGUAAGAUUAAUCCAAGAGAUGAUUUCAAGGCCAGAGCUAGAGUUAUGGCAGAUGAAUACGAAUGGGAUGUCACUGAUGCAAGAAAGAUUUGGUGUUUCGGUCCAGAUGGCACUGGUCCAAACUUAGUUGUUGAUCAAACUAAGGCUGUCCAAUACUUGCAUGAAAUUAAAGAUUCAGUUGUUGCUGCUUUCCAAUGGGCUACCAAGGAAGGUCCAAUCUUUGGUGAACAAAUGAGAUCUGUCAGAAUCAAUAUCUUAGAUGUUACAUUACAUGCUGAUGCUAUCCACAGAGGUGGUGGUCAAAUCAUUCCAACCAUGAGAAGAGCCACUUAUGCUGGUUUCUUAUUGGCUGAACCAAAGAUUCAAGAACCAGUCUUCUUGGUCGAAAUUCAAUGUCCAGAAAACGCUGUCGGUGGUAUUUACUCUGUUUUGAACAAGAAGAGAGGUCAAGUUGUCUCUGAAGAACAAAGACCAGGUACUCCAUUAUUUACCAUUAAAGCUUACUUACCAGUUAACGAAUCUUUCGGUUUCACUGGUGAAUUAAGACAAGCUACUGGUGGUCAAGCUUUCCCACAGAUGGUAUUUGACCAUUGGGCCACUUUGGGUACCGAUCCAUUGGAUCCAGCUACUAAGGCUGGUGAAAUUGUCUUGGCUGCUCGUAAGAGACAUGGUAUGAAGGAAGAAGUCCCAGGCUGGCAAGAAUAUUAUGAUAAAUUAUAA